GCCACCGAGUAGUUCGGUUGCAUUGAACGGGGGCUCUUCAACUUUUGCUACUGGAAGAAUCUUGUGCAAAGCCAGCGAGCAAGAUACUUAACAUUAUACACAUUUUACGCUCAUUUGUCGCCGUGUGCUGUGCAUUGCUGCCCUCCGACAUCCGACCUGGGGAAUUGUAAUCGUCAGCAUUCCAACAAAUUCCAGAAGUGACGAGGAGACUCCAUUUUCGAAUGCGGCUGCUCUGGCUAGCGGAAUCCUAGCCAGUUAUGCUGCUAGGCUAACUUUCCCCUGCUAGGCGGAGAGGAUUCAGAACAAGCGAGGAGCUUGCAAUACAUUGCCCAUCUGACGAAACAUUCGUUGACAAAAGACUCCCAGCAUGCUGAUGGUGGGAGGCAAUGGAAGGAUGCACUAGAAUGAGUGUGAAGGAGCUGUGUGAAACCGAUGACUUGGCCACCCGAUUGGUGCUGGACCCUUUGUUGGGCUUCAGCACCCACAAAAUGAACAUCAGUCCCCCACCAGAGAUCCGGCGAUGGGGUAACCUCAAAGAGACCCUGUUGCGCUUUCAGCGCACACAUGACUUCAAUGCUACGUUUGAGGCACUAACUGUGGGCGAACUGGCUGGUGACUACUUUAAUGCUUUGGGAAGUCAUCGACAGGAGCUGCUGAGACAACAUGUGUAUCGUUACCUCAGUGCCUUCCUGUUGGAUAGCGGUGUGAAAAUAGAGUCAUGUGACAGAUACUCGUCAGAGACCAACGGGGCUAAGAUAACCUCAACGAGGCACUGGUUUGCAGGAGAGCGGGUGGAGGUCCUGCUGGGCUGCAUAGCAGAGCUAAGCCCCACUGACAGCGCUGUGCUAAGGGCAGGAGUCAAUGACUUCAGUGUGAUGUAUUCUACACGCAAACGCUGUGCUCAGCUCUGGCUUGGACCAGCAGCUUUCAUUAACCAUGACUGCAAACCAAACUGCAAGUUCGUCCCCGGUGAGAAGAAUAUUGCCUGUGUUGAAGUGAUUCGACCCAUCUCACCUGGGGAGGAGAUCACGUGUUACUAUGGUGCCAGCUUUUUUGGCGAAGGCAAUGAAAUGUGUGAAUGCUGCACCUGUGAAAGGAAUGGAGAGGGCCACUUUAGACACAAAGGGAAGCAGCCCGAGUGUGAAGAAACAAAGGACCCCUUAGGCCAGAAGUACCGUCUGAGGGAGCGGUACCUUCGUCAACACAGAGAGAAGGGUCAUUUUCCUGCAAGGCCGAUAAUACCAGGGAUACACUCAGGUAUCUUUAAAGCCAUCCCCUCAAGGAAUUCCUUUACCCAGCAAAUGAGGAGAAAUGCCCUGAAGAACAGAAAACUGAGUCAAACAAAGAAGUGGAGACGAGAGAAACACUGGCGGUCAGGAAAUCACCCGUUGAAGUCCACAACUGUCAAAGAGCGAAGGGCACUUCCACCUUUGUCCCAAGUUACUCUGAAGGACCUCAGCAUCAGAGUACGGCGCCACUCAGUGGAUUUUUUACUCAACUGUAAGGAUCCAAAAAGCAAAGAGAGGGCCUUGCUGCAAGAAUUGGAGAAAAUGAAGUCGAAAGACAGUGGGCUGAGUGAACUGAAUUCCACUGGUGAUGAAAAUAACAGCACGGCGGUCAACUUGAAACCUUUUGCUCUUCAGUCCGUCAUGGCUGAUCGGCAGAAAAAGAGACCUGUGGUAAAAAACACUGGUCUAAAUGGGAAGUCUGUCAAGGUGGGGCACAAGCAGGUGGUCCUCACAAGGACUUCUUCAAGGACAAAAAGAGUGGUUGACACCACGCUCACUCAGCAGACUGUGUCCAAUAACAUGGAUAACACAUCUCUUUGUCUUUCUGAGACUAACAAAUCCAGUGCAAUAAAACAAGAGAAGAUUGAAACGGCAACCACAGAAAGGCUUAACAACCUCAAGUGCAGUAGCGUUGAAUCCUGCACCGUCAAUGCAGCUCAAGGUCCACCUGCUAAGCAAAUGACGCAGAAGAUCAACAGCACUCCAUCCCUUUUAGAAGUUUGUCAAUGUGUCACAGAUACAUCAAAGAACGCAGGGGACAAUCCACUGAUAUCACUGAAGCAAUACCUUACAGUCAACCUAACAAGGUUAUCAAUGCCACAAAGUGUAGGAGCAGAAAUGAUGUUUGAAGACAGAAAAGCACGAGUGGCGAUAAAAGGAAAGAGCAGGCAAAUCCAGUGCCCUCGACCAGCGCCUGUGACAGUCCAGUCAGAAAAGGGAGUGUUCAGAUCUCAGCAGAAUCAGGAAGGGAGAUCAGAUGUCUGCACAGCUGAAGGUAACAGGGGGGUGAGGGAAAUGUUUUUUAAGGCCAUCGAUAAGGUAAAUGUAAGGAAGCGACCUGCAAGUGAAAGCACGGGUGAGUUAUGCCAUGGUGAGGAAAUGGAAAAUGAAAGGGUUAUUGAAAUACAAAUGUUGUCCAAGGAAGAAAAAGGUAGUGCACAAAAAAAGCAGCAAGAAAUUGUAGAUGGCAAAAUUGAAGGGGGGAAAGAAAUGAGAAAUGCCGCAUCCAAGGGUACAGAAUGUGAGAGUAAUGGAGGCCUCGAGCAAGGGAAAGAGACAGAAUGUAAAGUAGAAUCCAGUGAAAAAAGUAAAGAUCAAAAUAACAUCCAUUGUAUUAAAAAUAAUGACAAAGAUGUAUGUACAGGGAAGGAAGCUCUUAAACUCCCGGAACAAAUGGAGAGUAGUGCGAGUAAACAGGCUGUAAGUAGGCAAAAUGAUAUUGUCAUAAAGCAGGCAAAGGUUCUACUAUCUGAUAUUUUAAGAAUAGAUAAAUCCUUAAAAGGGAAGCAAUUACAGGAAGAUGUUGCAGGAAGGUUAUCUUCCCCGGCCUCAAGAGAAAUGAAAAGUUCAGCGGAAGAAGCAGAACAGACUGAAAUAAAUGGAGGCAGGUACCGUAGUGUGGUGCGGAGGAGAUACAUAGGCAAAAGAAGACGAAAGUUGAGGCCAAGAGCGGCUAAAACAAAAGUGGACGAUAAACAGAACCCCAAGACAUGCUUGAGUAGACAGGUUCCAGUAACUGUUAAAAAAGAGUUGAGUGAGCAUAGUUUAUGUCUUCAGUCAACACAGAGACAUAAUGGCCCACUGGCCACUUGCCUCAAUCCACUACCUCAUAAAUCGCUAAUUUACGCAAAAGCUGCAAAUACUGUGCAUUCAGACACUAAUCCACAUGCACAUAUACAGUUCAACAUACCUCUGAAGAAACGAACAUUUCGCAGUGCUGUGGAAUUAGACUCCCAGCAAGACUUGAAUUCUACUUCAAGUCAAGCUUGUAAAGAAGCAGUCGAGUUGAAUUCAUCUGCAGUAAAGAAGCAGGACUUCACCCCAUGUUCAGGGGAGAGUAGCAACGUGUCAAGAAAUACUAGGAGCAAAUUUCUUAGGAAAAAAAUCACAAAAAAGUUAUCCCCGAAAAGCAACACAAAACAAAACUUUAGAAGAGUGCUGCGCCCCAGACCUGAUGUAGUUCAGCGACGCGCCUCAUCAAGACAUCUCAGAAGAUGUAAAAUUGAGAGACGAGAUGACAUUAACAAACCUCAAACUCGAGGGAGACAACAAGCUAGGAAAUCUGCCAGAAUCCAAGAGCACUGUCCAGCUCUAAAUAAAAUUCUAAAGAAAGACGAGGUUGAAACAUUAAUCCAAGAAAGUGAUGUGGAGGAGAUGAAACCUUGCCUUAAUUUUAAGAUUCGUUUCAAAAGAAGAAGAGGCAGAAUAUGGGAGAUGCAAAGUGGAAUGUUUGAAAAUCUAACAUUAAAAACAGAAAGGAGAGACGAGUUGGUUACAUGCGAUCCUUUUAAAGCCAUAAUGGACUCUGUAUCGCUUUUAAACAUGGAGAUGGAGGCUGCACAGGCUCAUGUGCAGGCCAGCAAGAAGUCAAAAAGCAGAUUGCAUCGUUUGAAAAAAAGAGGUCAAAAGUUGUGCAAAAAACAGACUAAUAUCCCCUUGAACACAAAAUCAGAGAACGGCCAAGACCAUAAAAGUUGUGAAAAUGAAUGUGAAACCAGCAAAUCUACUAGUGACAAAGUAGAAAACAAAAUUAAGCCUGAUGGAGUGCUUUUGGUUGGAGUCAAGCACAUGUCUGAAAAAAUAGAUGCGCCAAGAAAUGACGAAGAAACAUUGUCAACUGUUGUUCCAGAAACAAAAAUUGAAGAUCGGUUUGCAAAGAAUUGCUGCUUGUUUGAAACUGGGUCGCAACAAAAACAGGAGUCAGAAUUGGAUUUAAAUGAUGUUUCAUUACCAGUAAUCAAACUUCGUAGAAAGGCAGAAGAUAUUUGGGAAGUGGAUAGCAAAGAGGAACUCUUACAAGCUGAACUAAAAGUAGAACCCAAAGUUAAGAAAGAGAUGAAGGGCCACAUUUUAGGCAAACAAAAGAAAGAAUCUCUUGAGUUAUGUAUGCUCAAAGAGGAGUGCCCAUCCUCUCAGAGAGUGAACACAUCGGCCAUUAUGAAAACAGAACAGCCUCCAUUUUCCUUAUCCCUCUCGCCACUGUCUCUUUCUUCUCCUCUUAAUGACAAUAAGACUGACAUUAUAUCCUCAGCUGCAGAUAGAAUCACUGAAAGGCCAGAGUUUAAUAGUGGUGGAAGGAAACCGAGGCAAAAAAUGGAGAGACCCCGCAAGUGCGGGCCUGUAGAAACAUCCACCGCUUGUCUUAGUCACACUCUCCAACAAAUUGACAAUAGUCUCUCUAGGCUGUCUGAAGGUUUGUGUUCAUCGCAGACAUUAGAAAAGCCAACAACCAGCUCCAAUGUCUCACACUCAGUCAUCCAGCCCCCAUCCCAGUUUCCACCAUUCACCACUGCAGAUAACAUGCUUUCCAGUGAACCCAACUUUGCAAACUGCUGUGAUGAUCUUCUGGACUUUCAGUGUCUCAACUUUGAGGGUUAUUAUCAGCCACAGAACAUACUUCCAUCUUCGCCGUCAGACCUGCUGGAUCCACCCACCGAUCCUUUCAGCAGUCCCCUCUCUCACAGCCCAUCAGAUACCUGGACUGCUGAGACACCAUACCUUGGCCCUCCCAGUCCAGGAAAUAACUUUACCAGUGAAGAUCUGCAGUUUUUUCCAGGUCUUAUUUCGUCCAAAGGUGACUCUGUUCCUCUGGAAUGUGAAGGGAAGGAUACCUCCGGGAACAGAAACCAAUCCAAUCCCAGUUUCAGUUUUUCAGCUCUCAGCAGUUCAGACUUCACUGCUAAGGAUCUAAGUAUAGCUAAAACUUCAGGGAUGAGGUUGUCUAAAGAAGACCUCAGAAGUCAACCUUUGUCUGUAGUCGGCAAGCCUCGGUUGUUUGGUGCAACCUCAUCUUCUGUUACAUGUCAAAAUCCUGUUAAUGUGAUGCAGCCCGCCAUCCAUGUCAAGCCAAACACCAGCCAGUCAAAAUCCCAGACCAACUUAAAAACCCAGGGCCCCUUCCAUCGUAUGGCCAUGCCUAGUAAAGCUCAGUCUUUUUCAAGUCAGCCAACCACAGUUAAAGGACUGCCGCAGAAUCUCUUCUCAAAAGCUGUUCCAUCUCAAAUGUCUAACAAACUCCCCUCUACUGUGAGAAUUCCCAAUCCUCCAGAUAGUCCAUUAAACUUCCAUGAGAAAACCUCCACAGUUAUUCACAGGGUGCUCAAGUUUCAGGGGGGGAACCAGAGCCAGAACUUGUAUAGUGCACCUUGUAAAGACACCAUAGCUGCUGGCAGCCCAACCAUCACAUCCAGAACACUCGGCACAAAAUCAGGCUCUACUGAGAAGAUUCAGCAGAGUCAUAAACCUGGUCCUGGUAUAGACGGUCAUUAUAGAAGUAACAUGUCUGUCCAAGGAUUUGGAAAAGAUGUCAACCCCCUUGUAUCACCCAGCAACCCCAACAGGUCCACGCCUCACUUCAGCAAAGCCAACUCCUUUUCUCAGUCUUUUAGUAAAAGUAAGAUGCCAUCCGAUAAACAUGAUAGUGGACAGACCAACAUGACGUACAAAAACUUUUCUGCCCUGCCCAGGCCCUUUUUCUUUCCAAGCAAAUUAGCUGAGAGUCAUUCAUCAACACAAGACAAGAGUUUGAAACACGAUAAACCCACUCUGUUGACCUCAGACAAACACCAGCCAUGUUACACUCAACAAGACCCUUUUGAUUUCAGCUUUGGUUCUUCUCUUUCACCCAUGUCUCACAACAGCCCACAAGUGAUCCCCAAUACACCUCCUGGUACGCCAACACCAGCACACAAGAGCCAGUCCUCGACCUCUUCAGCGUCUUUCCCCUACGGCUAUCAAGGUCCUCCUUAUGUAUUAAAUUUCAGUGGAGACCAUUCAUUGACCCUGGGUCUCAGGGAUGGGCCUGAUGGUUACCCAGGACUUGGCUCGACAAACUACACCUACCAUUGUUUGAUGGAGCCAUCUGGCACACAAGGACGGCUGGUUUUGGAGCCCUGUGGGCCCCAGCUUUCAAACCCAGCAUCUUUUUCCUUGGGUGGUUUUACAGGACUCAAAGGUCAGGACGACCAUUGCAGGAAGGACAUGCAGCAACAGUGCCAGCCUGGGGAACAUCAAGGCGUACCACACUAUGGACCUGUCACAACAUCUCACUCCAUGGGUGGCACAAAGCCCAAGAGGGUGAGGUUGGUAGUGACAGAUGGCACAGUAGAUUUAGACCUCCAGUACUCGGACUGAUUUAUACACACCUGUGUCACUGCAUACAUUCGGUUGUUGUUUUUGCUCAAAGGGGAUUAUACAGUGUCUACCACAAAAAUGUUUUUGUAAUCAUGGUAAUAAUUCAUAGACUAGGUAUUAAAGCCCACCGAGUGACAUUUUUCUAAAUCAUUACUUUGUACAGGGUUUUUAUGUAAUAAGCUUGACUAUCAGUGUGUUUUAGCUACAUUAUAAGAUUUUGAAAAUUAAAAAACAUAAAUUUGCUGAGAAUACCAAACAGAGCAUAAAGUAUAUUUGUGAUUAGGAAUUUGACCCUGGAGGCCGUGUAAACACUGAAAACCCUCUUGCUGUACUGUAACAUAGUUGUACAAAUCUUACUGUACCAUUUAUGGCAGUAGAGAUGAGAGCACCGUCAUUGGCUGCUGGUACUUGUGUUGGUGGGUUUUUAAAAAGGCAGCUUUGUGCCUCAGUCUUUCAUAUGUUCUUGUGACUUUUUAAAGUACCUGUAGAAACAGUCCACCCUCUUUUUGAUACUCACACUAAGCUCUUUUCUCACUUUGCGUGCGUGUGUGUGUGUGUGUGUGUAACUCCGUGCGAGUGUGUGCAUGCAUUUGGCAGAGAGGUCUUGAGGGAUCAAAGUGAGAUGUGUUGUUGUCUCUGCCAGAUUUUAGUACGCUCAUUAGUGCAUAUAUGAAAGGUUUAUGCAUGAACAAUGUAAAGUACAAUGACUUCCAGAUCUGACACAAUAUAUUCUAGACUAAUGUGGGUGAAGAUGUGUGACGGGACUUUUCACAGCUGCUUUGUCUGGCACCAUGUGAGUGGAGUGACUGCGAGAAUUAUUUGGGUUUUGUUUUUUUCCCAGGCCAGUUGUGCUUACUGAAAUAGCACACGAUUAGAUCUUUGUUGGUUAUUUGAAGCAUUUAAAUGUUUUCAUAUUAUAUUACAUCACAGAGUGACAAUCUUCUCACAGAGAAGCUCACUUGAGGAAAUAACAGAAGGGUUAGUUGUGCAACACGUAGAGCAGUUAUUAAUGAUAAUGGAGCUACACAUCUGUUGGUGUUUAUAAUGUAAUUAUAGUUAUUUGCGGUUUAUGUAGAAGUCACAUGGGCACUCCCCUAAUGUUAUGAUGUCCUGUGCAUUGACUCCAUGUGAUUUCAUCGGACAGGAGUGUUCAGUGUGACUGCAGCCUUACAUUACCAUGAAAAUGUACUGUCUUGAUAUGAAAAGGCCAAUUAUUUAUUUUAAUAUCCUCAUUCUUGAAAUGGUGCUUUAAUGUAAUUUAUAUUUCACAUUGAUUGUUCAAAUUAAAUAUUUUUUAUUAUUAUUUAAUGGGACAAAUUACUGAACUAAAUAUUUACAUCUAUUUAAUUUCAAAGCUUUUGUCAUCCAUUUUUUUGUUUUCAGUUGUUACAGGUGAAACUUUAUCUGUCUUUUCUAAUUGGCAUUUAGUCUCACUGAACGUCUGCUGUAGAAAUGUACAAAUGUAGCCUAUAUCAUUAAAGACACUUAAUUCUUUUUUGUA